CCAGCGUCUUCACUCCCACCCGGAGCGGCCCGACGCACCGCCUGCUUCGGAAGCACGCGCGCGCAAAGCCAAGCCCGCCGCCCAACGAAUGGAGCUGCCUCACUGUCCAAUCUGAUCGCCCAGGUCACCACACCCCAGCACCGACCUCCUGCCAGAUUGUCACCAUGGGCCAGUGCUACUACAAUGAGACCAUCGGCUUCUUCUACAACAACAGUGGCAAGGAGCUCAGCUCCCAUUGGCGGCCCAAAGAUCUGGUUGUGGUGGCGCUGGGCCUGACUGUCAGCGUGCUGGUUCUUCUGACCAACCUGCUGAUCAUCGCAGCCAUCGCCUCCAAUCGCCGCUUCCACCAACCCAUUUACUACCUGCUUGGCAACCUGGCCGCAGCUGACCUCUUCGCCGGUGUGGCCUACCUCUUCCUCAUGUUCCACACAGGCCCACGCACAGCUCGGCUGUCACUCCGGGGCUGGUUCGUGCGGCAGGGCCUGUUGGACACGAGCCUGACGGCCUCCGUGGCCACACUUCUGGCCAUUGCCGUGGAGCGGCACUGCAGUGUGAUGGCCGUGCAGCUGCACAGCCGCCUGCCCCCAGGCCGGGUCAUCAUGCUGAUCGUGGUCGUGUGGGUGGCCGCGCUGGGGCUGGGGCUGCUGCCCGCCCACUUCUGGCACUGCCUCUGUGCCCUGGACCGCUGCUCUCGCAUGGCCCCCCUGCUCAGCCGCUCCUACCUCACCGUCUGGGCGCUGUCCAGUCUCCUCGUCUUCCUGCUCAUGGUGGCCGUCUACACCCGCAUCUUCUUCUAUGUGAGGCGGCGAGUGCAGCGCAUGGCUGAGCAUGUCAGCUGCUACCCCCGCUACCGUGAAACAACGCUGAACCUGGUCAAGACUGUUGUCAUCAUCCUAGGGGCAUUUGUGGUCUGCUGGACACCGGGCCAGGUGGUGCUGCUCCUGGAUGGUCUGGGCUGCAAGUCCUGCAAUGUCCUGGCAGUGGAGAAGUACUUCCUACUCUUAGCCGAGGCCAACUCGCUGGUCAAUGCCGUGGUGUACUCGUGCCGUGAUGCUGAGAUGCGCCGCACCUUCCGCCGUCUUCUAUGCUGUUGGUGCCUCCGCCCGUCUACCCACGAGUCUGUUCGCUACACAACCGCCACCCACAUGGGCACCAGCACUCGCAUCAUGCUUCCUGAGAACGGCCAUUCCCUGAUGGACUCCACCCUUUAGCUAAGCUUGAACUUCAGCAGGGUACAGCAAAUGCCACAUCGCUGCCCCGGGCCACUGUGGAUGUGCCUGGCUCUACCCCGUCUGCGGGCCAGACUUAAAGGCAGACCGUCAGUCUGACAUGGCAUGGACCACUGCCAGCCCUACCCAGGCACGCAGCUGUGUCUGUCUUUGAGCUUGUGGGAUAGGGUCAUCUAUCCAACUAGGAGAGAGUUGAAUGGGGUGCAAGAAUCGGGCUCUGAAGGUUGGGGGGCUUUUUAACAUUUUUUUUUUCUGCACAUGCCUGGUAACCCCUGUGGACUGCUUUCUUGUCUGUGGUGGCAUGGAUGAUAAAGAUGAGAGAGAUGAGGACUCUCGGGCCAUGCAGCCCAGGGAAGCAGGGUAACACGGACAGACUAUGGGUGCCUCGUCUGCCUGAGGCUGACUGUUUAGGGGCACAGACAGGAGUGCUGAGUGUGAGCUGGGAAAGGUCUAUGACCCCUUGCAGCCUUCAGGGGUCUUGCCUGUCCCCGUGAGAACUGAGGCGGUCUACAAGGAGGGCGUGAUUUAAGGAGUAAACUUUUCUACUCUGAGA